AAAAAAAAAAAGACAAAUCACAGGUCUAACCUAAACCGCCAUGUAAUUAUUAACCAUUAUUUCCUGGUAUUUUCUCCCGGCUCGCGCCCUCGGGAUUCCUCUCUCCCCAGCCGUGUUCAUCUGGCGUAUAUGCCGGAUUUUGCCAACAAUUUCGUCCCAGUUACGGCGGUUCCCUGAUCCGCUACGCAGAGCAAACACUAACAGUUAUCUUUGUUAACCGGAUCGUCCUUUGAGAUUAUCGUUGAGCCAGUACUUCUCAGAAGAAACACCAUCCAUUCGCAUUAGAACAAAGUUCUUCAUUUUGAGCUACAGUCUUAGGAGUUCCAGCCCAGGUGUCACCAUCGACGUUAUCAUCCCGGAGCCAGUUCCCAGCUCUGACCCAGUUCCAUUUUUCAUUUCCUCUCAUUCACAUCUCAUUCAUUUCAUUUUCAUGACCGCCCUCAACUUCCAGGAAACUACGUACGCAGUCGCCUCCACUCCUCCAGGCGAGACCAACGGCGAGGCGGGCGACUCCAUGCUGCGCCCCAGACCCCCGAUGCGUACGCGCUCCAUCUCCAUCUCCAAGUUGUUCAACUUUGACAAAGAAAAAAAGGCAACCUCUGCCUUGCGAGCGGAAUUCGAGCCCUCACCCCAGGCCCUUGAAGAGCCGGUCUCACUUGGGCCGUUCGUCCCGCUCUCGCCUGAGAUCGAAACGUUCCUGGACGGACCCCACAGCCAGGGGAACCGUUUCUCCAAGCUCAAAAACCUCUUCAAGCACUUACCCAACUCUUCUCUAGGCCCUGCUAGUGGUGACUCCUACGUCUCGCCCAGCUCCUAUGGUACAUCCGACUCGUUAUCGCGCGAGGUGUCCGAUGAGCCCGCAACGACGCGGCCGCUUUCUACCGCGUCCAGUGAUAUUUUCAGCGCGGAACAGAACCAGCUUUUCGUUUCGCCAACGGGGCUCAUGAACAAGCUUCGCCGCAAGCGUGCGGAGUCGUCGCCCAACGAUACGUUCGAAGGGAUUGCUGCAGGAAUCGGCUCUUUAGGGUUCAAGAGAAAGGAACCGGACGUUGCACCCGAAGGCCCGGUUACAUUCCGAUUAAGGCAUAUGAGUAGCGUUCAGGAUAUAGCGAGUGGUCGUCAGGCCACCGGCGAAAGCGGCGACAUUGCGGACAUGGAUUACCGCCUGGGGCAAAGCACAAUCGACCACAAGGGUCGGCUCGGAAGGGACGUGCUGGGAAUUCCGGGAAUUUCCGUAGAAACUGACGAAAGAACCCAAGGUAACACACUUGGAAAUGCCUUCGGGAUUCCCUCCAUCCAGCGCAAGCUCCGCCGCGUCGCAUCGGCUCCGCUCGGCCUCAAGCUUAUGGGUGACCGCGGAGGCAGCACUGAUGUCCCGGUACGGAACAUUGAUACCCCGUCUGAGUCUUCAACGGUGUUUACCAAACCCCAGAGUCUGGGCAGCGGCCAGGCGAGUGCCCUCUCUAGCGGCUUGGUUAAUCGCCUCGCCAGUGGCUCGGCCUGGGACCUUGCGCACAUCGGUGAAAUCUCCCGCCCUUCACCCCCCACCUCCCGCGGCCGCUCCUAUCUGGCCAACUCUACUAAAGUUUCCUCCGCCCAGGUAACUGCCGACUCGUUUGAGAAGAUCCGCCUUCUAGGGCGCGGCGAUGUCGGAAAGGUCUACCUUGUCAAAGAGAAAACUACCAACCGUCUCUACGCGAUGAAGGUGCUUAACAAAAAAGAGAUGAUUGCGCGUAACAAGAUCAAGCGUGCACUCGCGGAACAGGAAAUUCUCGCAACUAGUUCCCAUCCCUUCAUCGUCACCCUCUACCAUUCGUUCCAGUCAGAGGAAUGCCUUUACCUCUGCAUCGAGUAUUGUAUGGGGGGUGAGUUCUUCCGCGCACUCCAGACGCGUACGAGCAAGUGUAUUCCCGAGGCUGACGCGCGCUUCUAUGCAGCAGAGGUUACCGCGGCGUUGGAGUAUCUCCACUUAAUGGGCUACAUUUACCGUGACUUGAAGCCCGAAAAUAUUCUUUUGCAUCUGUCGGGACAUAUCAUGUUGUCGGAUUUUGAUCUUUCCAAGCCUACGAGCCAGACCAAGGCGCCAGAGAUUGUGCUUGCCGGAAAGAGCUCCAGCCAUCCGUCAUUGGAUACGAAGGCGUGUAUCGACGGGUUUAGAACCAAUUCGUUUGUGGGGACCGAGGAGUAUAUUGCACCGGAAGUUAUCAGGGGAAAGGGUCAUACCGGGGCCGUUGAUUGGUGGACGUUGGGCAUUUUCAUCUACGAGAUGUUGUACGGGACAACACCGUUCAAGGGGGCGAAUAGAAACAAGACGUUUUCGGCGAUCUUAAAGAAGGAUGUGACAUUCCCAGAAGGGUCAAAGCAUGCCCAGGUCUCCAGCAGCUGCAAGAGCUUGAUCCGGAAGCUCUUGACGAAGGACGAGACGAAGCGGUUGGGAUCUAGAGCCGGAGCGUCGGAUAUCAAAGGACAUGCGUUUUUUAGGCAUACACAAUGGGCAUUAUUGAGGAACCAACAGCCGCCAAUGAUCCCGGUGUUGACACAGAAGGUGUCACAUAUGAAUGACCUCAAGGAGAGUAGCGCAAAAGAGGAUGCGCGUGAAGAUGCACGCACGGAUGCGCCCGCGGAUGUGGAAGGUGCGCUUGUGGACCCGUUCGCAAACUUCUCAUCCAUCACGUUGCACCAUGACUCUCCCCACGAUAGUGAUGAUUCUAUGCGGUUCGGUGGAAAGCCUGACGAGUACUUCGGCGGUAUUUCCUACACUGUCACUGGCAGCUCGAAGAGCAAGAAGGGGUUUCUCAAAAGGUAGAGGUUGAGCUGGUUGCUAGAUAUGAUGCAGGGUAGGUUGGAAUAAACAAGGUACAUACUACCUACUCGGAACGUCUACUGCAAUUAGGGCCACCCAAUGGCCGUAUGAGACCAUUUUGGGGGUAAAAAAAAACAAGAUACUAAAUUUAUUUAAUUUCAGGCUAAAGGUUUUAUUAGGCAUGACUAUUAGUUUUGAAGAAAAUGAUUAUAGGUCCAAGCCUUCGUGAAACGCUAUUGAAUCGAG